AUGCAGACUGGGAAGGGCCCUCCGAAAAAGCUGUCUGGAUGUCAGGUCUCAAAAAGCGGCUGUGCAUCUCUGGUCUCGGCCCUGAGCUCUGGAGGUUCAUGUUUAAAGGAGCUGGACCUCAGUUAUAACUGUACAGGAGGAAGUGAGGCACAGCAGCUGACCGCUCUGUUCAACCAUCCACAGAAGAAACUCAACUUAGAGCACGGAGGAGAGGAGAGAUUACAAAAGGAUUUUAGAAAAUAUGCCUGUUUUCUCACAUUUGACCAAAACACUGCAAACAAAAUGAUCAAAUUCUCCAAUAAUGAGCGGACGAUUUCCCUGGAGAAGGAGAAGCAGUCGUACCCUGAUCACUCUGAGCGCUUCGACUACUGGAAGCAGGUGCUGUGUGCAGAGGGGCUGAGGGGGCGGAGCUACUGGGAGGUGGAGACGAGGGGAGACGUGUACAUCGCGGUGACCUACAAAAGCAUCAGACGUAGAGGGACUGGAGAUGAGAGCUGUUUGGGCAAAAAUGAACAGUCCUGGAGUCUCGGAUGUACUGAAGAUACAUGCUCUGUGCUGCAUAAGAACAGGAGAAGAUCUUUGAAACGGUCUGCACAUCGAGUGGGCGUGUAUCUGGACUGGGAGGGAGGAGUCUUGUCCUUUUAUGAUGUUUCCUCAGAUCAGAAGAUCCACCUGCAGACCUUUAAGACCAGGUUCACUGAAGAAGUUUACCCAGCGUUCAGAAUCAAGACCAAACCAUCUGACUCCUCUGUCACUCUGUGUCCUGUGUGAGUGGAUUUUACUUGAGAAUCGUCUCGAUGCUGCAGUCGUCCCUUUGGCUGGUGCAUUUUCCUACCACACUUCCACUGAAGAUUUUAUGAACAUGUUUUAAUACAACACUCUGUGAGCUACCAGCUACUGUAGCAAUGACCUUUUGUAGUUUAUAUUGAAGUAUUUUAUUUUAUUUAAUUUAUUUAUUGAGACAGGGAAGUGCACUUUCUACAUGCACCUUAACAGGAGAGAUGGAUUGCAUGUAUUGCAUAACUGGACAUAGACAGUAUAUUUUAGACAUUACAUGAUGCCAGAAAUGAUGUAGUUAUGUGACUCUAUUUAGAACUACCCAACUACUGUUGCUGAAAAAAGUCUGUUACUAAUCAGAGCAUCAUUAUUAAUACAUUGUGACAUGGAUCUGAACUGGAAAAUACCAAAAAUAUAUAUUUUAAUUCUUUAACCUUUUUUAAAGUACAAUGCAGAUUGUUAUUUAUGUAUAACCUGUAUUGUGUAUGUAGGACCUGGGUGGGUGUGUGGGUGGAGUUUAAGUUUUAAGGGUGGGAUUAGUGAGAUGGGGUAAAAAACAAACAAAACAAAACAAAAACUACUACUAAAAAAAACUACUAAACUCAUGCUUUUCUUUAAAAAAAUUCUUUAACAUUACCUUUUUUUUGUAUGAUCAUAAAUGAUAAACUUUUGUGCCUUUGUUAACGUUAGUAUUAGUUUGCACAACCAUAAAUGAAAACUAAAUAUCCAUACUUUUUUUUCUCUUUGUGGUUUAUUUUGCAUGAUCAAAAACGCUCAAACUUUUGUGUCUUUGUUGACAUUAUUAUUAGUUUGUAUGACCAUAAACGAAAAAAAAAAAAAAAAAGAAGAUAAGAAUUAGGUUAGAAUUAUGUUAGAAGAUUAGAAUUAUGUGAUUGUGAUUCUGGUGGAGGUUUUGGUUUGUGGAACAAUCGGACUGAUGAUUUUAAACAGUCCAACACUGUAGAAACCUUUUAAAAUGACUACAGGGUGUUAUACUUUGGAAAAUAUGGAGUUCUGAUGAAUUAUGCAUUGAGUUUUGUUUGUUUUAAUGUAUAUUUUGUUUCUUACAUGUCCAGUGAGUGGAGUUGUGAAUGCAAACUUGUUGUUCAUCUGUUUGGUACCUUUGUUUCAGCUCGGACCCUUCCUGUCAUGACCCGUGUAGUUUAUGUUUUGUUUUUGUUUUGUAAUGCUGCAAAUGAUCCAAAAAAAUAAAAUAAAAA